UUUUGGUGAGGGGGUGGUCGGUCGGUUAUUUCGAUUAUUGUCGGUUAACCGAAUUUCCUAUUAGGAGCUCCGACCACCGACCGGCAACCGAUAAUCGAACCUCUAGCCCUAGUUCAAUGUUUGUUGAGUUCAAUUCCGAGUUAAGUGCAUUUUGAGUUGCAUACUUGCAUUUUGAGUUGUGAACUUGUAUUUGCUAUCAAACAACAAUAAAUGUUCGAAACUUUAGUUCUGAGAAUUGGAGUGAGCUCAUGCUCGAAUCAAUAUACAUGUCAUUGUUAUGGUACAGGAAUCAAGUUCGAACCCAACUCACAAGCCUGAGAGCAAAUUAUGUUGAAUCGACUGCUCUGUUCAAACGAGCCUGGCUCGGGCAUGGAUCACAGUAGCGGCGUAGCCAUACUUGAGAGUGGGACUCUCGUGUCCCCGAUUCCCUGAAAAAGGCCAUAGAAAUUAUAAAGCUUUCCACCUCCAAAUUUCAAAAUCUGCAACAAUGGCGGGCCCUCUGGCUCUGGCCACUUUACAAGUCAAAAAAGGUCCCUUUACCCGAGUAAAUCUCGGGAGCCAACCCACCCCAAACUUACUCCCCAGUCUCACCUUUCCCACCAUCCAUUAUCAUCCAACUUGGUUCACUUCUACUUCCUAACCCUUUGCUCUUCACUCUCCACAUAAGCAGAGCAACAGAAAGCCAAAACAGAGUAAAACAGGGGGGAAAUAGAUGGACUCUUCAGUCAUACUAAACCAAAUGUUCCUCUACGUCCUCCUCUUCCCAUCCCUCGCCACAUCUCUACUCACAACAACCACAACAACCCCAUGCCGCUCAUUCUGCGGCACGAUCCCAAUCAACUACCCAUUCGGCAUCGACGACGGCUGCGGCGCAAUCCAGCUCCGCCACACCCUCAACUGCACAUCCCCUGACCUCUUCUUCCUCACACCCUCGGGCUCCUACAAGGUCCAGCACAUCGACUACCUCAAAUCCACCCUAACCAUCUACGACCCAUCAAUGUCCACCUGCUCCAUCCUCCAGCCGCACCACGACUUCCUCAUGACCGACAUCCAGACCGCCGUCAUCCCGCCUUCCUCCGACACCGUGUUCGCCCUCCUCAACUGCUCCGUCGACUCCCCGGUGCUCAACCACUACAGGUCCCUCUGCUUCAACGUGUCGUCGCACUCGUGCGACGAGCUCUACGCGUCGUGCAACGCGUUCCGGGUGUUUCGCCUGCUGACCAAUUCGACCCCGCCGUGCUGUUUUACUGGGUAUGACACGGUGAGGUACAUGAGCAUGAAUAUACUGGAUUGUUCGCAUUACACGACUGUGGUGGAUGCCGAUGGGAUGAGGGGAGUGUCGCCGUUGGAUUGGGUUUACGGGAUUAAGUUGUCGUAUGGAUUGCCGGACAGAGGGUGUGAUCGGUGUUCGGCGUCGGGGGGAACUUGUGGGUUUGAUACGGAGACGGAAGGGAUGCUCUGCCUCUGCUCUGGCUCUAGCAACGGAACAAGACAAUGCGGUGCUGGUAGCUUCACUGCCGGAGGAGUCAGGCGCGGCUGUUCGAUGUUGACAUUGUUCAUUGGGUUCACACUGAGCAUUGGUGGUGGUUUUAUGCUUUUGAGGCCUGCUGGAGGACCCGGGGUUUCUUCCUUCAUCGGCUCCUUGUAAUUGUCAAUUGUUGUCGGGUUCUCAAUUGUGAACUAAUUCAUGAGUUUUCUUUUAUUUUUGGAAGGAAUUUGGUGGUUGUUCAGUUAAUCCAUGGUGUAUGUUCCACUUGAUGUCUGUUUGUUUAGCUGUAACGCUGGUUUAUUAUUGCAGGAAGUAACCCCUGACCAUUUCUGCGUUUCUUCUGGUUUUCUGUUCAAUUCAAUCGCAGUACAUCACCAUUACAAACACUCUCCUCUCACAAAUCAAAGUUGAUCAAACCGAAAACAGACAUUCAGCAAAUAGUGCCCCAAUAAGCAAGUACUGGAUCCACUCAGCCAAAGCCAACACCAUCUGCUUCUGCUCUGUCCACCUCAGCCAUUCGACUGGCAGUAUGUUAUAAACAAACCAUGGUGUC